AAAAAAAAAGAAAGAAAAAAUGCGCACACACAUAUAAAUUACACACACCCACACUCGUUGUUCGUUGCUGGCCAUGUCAAUGUUCAUGACAAGGCGCGAACCCCCUUCGAUAAGAACCUUUCUCCUGCCUCUCCGCUCUUCACAUUGGAUCAUUUCCUAUUCUCUCUCCUCUUGCGUUUUCUCCCUUUUGUUUCUCUCUCUUCUCUCUCUUCAAACGCACCGUUUCGCAUUUCCAUCGCACGAUCCACCAGCAUUCUUCUCACUCCACUUCCCAGUAAUAACCCCUUCCGCACUCACUCCCUCAAAAUUCGCGACUCUGCCGAUUCUCUGCAUUGAAACGCCGUCGUUAUCUUCGACUGUGUUCCCGUUUCCGAAGCUGUUUUGAUCGAGAGAUGGACCCCGGCUUCGUCGAGAUUCCACCUCCGGUGACUAGCAACACUCCCAAUUCGAUGAAGCCGGAAGAGGCCAUAAGGCAUGAUGUGAUUGACAUAGAUGACGACAAUGAUUCUACUGAAUUAGUAUUAGUUGGUGAUAAAGUUGGUAAAAUUGACAAGGGGAAGGCGAUAGCAACAGUUCAUGAUGAUUAUGGUGAUCAUCAAAAUAUGGAAUUGUUAGAUGAUGAUGUUAUGGAUAAAUCUGGAUCAGGUGAUGGGCACAAUGCUGACAGUUCAUGUGAUGAUGAUGACUACUCUGAUUUGUUUUCGGAUGAUUACAUUGAUGCAGACCAAUCUGCUUUAAUACAGAAUCAUUUUGAUAAUGUGGAUAUACCUCCCGGAAUUGAGGUACCUAUUCCUUGGAUGGCAGAUCUAGGUUUGAAGAAAACUAACAAUCAUUCGUUGUCUCCUUGGUCUCAUACCAUGUCUGGUGCUUACGUUUCUCAAGUGACUGAUUCAUCUCAGCAUUUGUUAACAUUAGAGCCUUCUAACCUUGAAACUCAAGGACCUUCUGCAGGUAAUUCUAAUUUGCAAGUUAAAAUGAAUACUAUUAUUCAGCACCCUUCUGGAGUAGAGUUAUCUUCCCCUCUGGUAAAAUGCCUGAAUAAGAAGAAAUCAAAUGCCUCAAAACACAGGAGGCAUAAGCCAAAGUUGGCAUUUGGAAUGAAGUCAUCUAAAUCUAAUUUAUUUACAGGACCUUCUGAAAGUAAAAAGAAGGCUAACAUUUUUUAUGCUCCAGCUAGCAACAUCUUUGUAGACAAUUUUGAGGCCAAGAAACUGCCAAAUGCAAGUGAGGUACCACAUUGGGGACAUUUUGGAAAUUCUAAGACAGCAGAUGGAAGUAAAACUUUGAAUCAUUCAAAUUUUGUUGGAUCUUCUUUUCAUUUUCCUGGAGCUGGAUUUAAUAAUGAUAUGUGGUCGAAGAAAGAUCUUCAUUUUCAGCCACUCUCUAGUUAUACUGUUAAAUCAAGUUUUGUUGGUCCCUUUGUUCCUUUUAGUGCUGCUCCGGAGCCCUUGUUUGAUAACUCUAGGGUUCAUUAUCCUGUGGGAGAUGGAAAUAAUGGAGCAGCUGCCGAAAGUGCUGUUGCUACAAUAUCCGAUGAAGCCAGAGAUGAAAUUUUGAGGAAAUUUCAAAACUUUAAACAAUUUGACACUAUUGAAAACACUUCAGACCAUUACUUUCUUAAUGCUAGCUGUUCCAUGAAACAGGUUUCACAGAAAUGUGCUAAAAGACUCCAGGAAGAGUGGAAGUCAUUGGAGAAGGAUUUGCCGGAUUCAAUAUUUGUCAGAGUUUAUGAAUCAAGAAUAGAUCUUUUGAGGGCAGUAAUUAUUGGAGCAGAGGGAACACCUUAUCAUGAUGGCCUUUUCUUUUUUGAUUUUUUCUUCCCAAGUAGCUAUCCCACUGUACCCCCGGACGUCCACUACCACUCUUGUGGGCUUCGGCUCAACCCAAAUUUAUAUAGUUCUGGCAAAGUUUGCCUUAGUCUACUUAACACCUGGUCUGGCCAUGAGAAUGAGAAGUGGCAACCAGGUGUUUCAACAAUUUUACAGGUUCUGGUCUCUAUACAGGGUCUAAUCCUGAAUUCAGAGCCAUACUAUAAUGAGCCUGGAUUUUCCCAUCUAAUGGGUUCUAAAGAGGGUGCAUUUAAUUCCUUGCAUUACAAUGAGAACACAUUCAUCCUAUCAUUGAGGACAAUGGAGUAUAUCAUGAGAAGACCUCCAAAGUUCAAGGAACACUGUCACAGUGUUCAAGUGGAGAUGGCUAUCAUGAUCAGAUUCUUCAGCAAUCUCCCAAUGCAGGUGGUCCUCGACUACUGCACACUAAUUUUGAGGACUUCGUGGCUGGGCAAUUCUGCAGUCGAGCUCAUGAUAUUCUGGUGGCAUGCAAAGCAUACAUAGAUGGUGCUCAAGUAGGUUGUUUGACCAAAGGUGGGGUGCAGGAUGUUGAUCAAGGUGACAAGAGCUGCUCCAAUCAGUUUAGGACAUCUUUAUCUGCACAUGUGGACGUGCUUGUUAGAGAGUUUACGAAAAUUGGAGCUAAGGACUGUGACAAAGUAUUUCCAUCAGCAAAGGAGAAAACUCCGUUGGAUGAAAUGCCCGAGGUUGCUGCAAUUCCUGAUAAAAAAUUUCGAGACAUGAUGAAGUCUUAGAAUAUAUUACAUUUUGUCUAUAGCUUAAUAUAGAUGAUAGCAUGUAUGAUUGAGUUAAAUCGAACUCAUUACUGAUUAUAGCAAUGGUUGCACAUAGUUCUGGAUAUUGUUUAUAGUUGCAGACGAUUCUUAUAAUCCAUAGAAUGUCAUAAAAACCUUCUUUGUUU